AUGUCUAUUAAUAAUAAUUUUUUUAAUAAAACAGGAUUUUUUGAUGACAGUAAUGUUUUUCCUAAUAAUGAUAAUUUUUUUGGUAGCAAUAAUUUUUCUGAUGGCAAUGAUUUUUCGGGGGACAAUUUUUCUGGUGAUGAUGAUUUCUUUGACGACAAUAAUUUGUCUUAUUAUCAUGG